AUGUCUGCUACGACCGACCUGCCAAAGGCGCCCGCGGAGGCGUCCAAGGUUGCUCUCGACUCUGCGGUGGCACAGACGCUCAACGGCGAUGCACCGGCCACGUCCGAGGGCGAGGCGGCAUCAAGUUCGGAUGCCAACGCCGCCGAGUACCGCACCGUGUUCCAGGACGCGACGAACUUCAACGUGAAGCAUCCGCUGUACAACUCGUGGACGCUGUGGUUCGACAACCCCUCGCAGAAGGGCAUGGCCUCGGCACGCGGCACCAAGGAGAGCUGGGGUGACGACAUGAACAAGGUGGUCGACUUCGACAGCGUCGAAGAGUUCUGGGGACUGUACCAGAACAUUGUGCCGCCAUCGGAGCUCCCGCAAAAGGCCAACUACUACCUCUUCAAACAGGGCGUGAAGCCUGCGUGGGAAGAUCCGGCCAACACCAACGGUGGCAAGUGGUCCAUCCAGCUGCCGCGCGACAAGACGCGUGCGGCUAUCGACCGUCUGUGGCUCUUCACCAUGCUCGCCGCUAUCGGCGAAACCCUGGAAGCCCCUUUCCCCGACGGCGUGCCCCCGCCUAGCUCCAGUCCGCAGGAUGAGUUGGUCACCGGUGUGAUCAUGUCGGCAAGGGCCAACUUUUACCGCAUCGCCAUUUGGACAAGAAAGGCUGAGGACACCGAAGAACUCGCAGCAAAGUUGCUCGACAUUGGCAAACAGUUCAAGGUCAACGUGCUCGGCUACGACAUUGACGCCAAGAUCGGCUCCGGCCUCACCUCGGACGUCGAGUUCCAGUCGCACAAGGAGUCCGAGAAGAAAAAGGGCAAGAAGACGGUUGUCUAG